AUGGCGCCGUGUCCCUCCCGCUCUCCCGCCGCCGCCAGCCCCGAGACCGCGCCGCGAUCCCGAUCCCGCUGCCGCCCCGCGAGCGCAUACGUCCGAGGCGCCCCGAGCCCACCGGCGGAGCCGCAGCCGGUCUCGUCGCGCAGCCCCGGCCCGCCGCGUCACGCCGCGCACCACGGGCACCACCCACGGCUAAGGGCUUGGCGAGUACUCCGAGAAGGAGAAGGAAGGAGAUCCUACGUGCAGAGGCAUAGCGUUGGGCGGGUCGGGGGAUUCAGUGAAGGUGUUUUCCUUUACAGGAGGCUCAAUGAGAGAGAGAGAAUUGGAGAGCUGGGGGCACCUGAAGUCUGGGGGCUGUCACCAAAGGUUCCUGACCCCGAUUCUGAUGAGCAUACACCAGUAGAAGAUGAAGAGGCAAAAUCGAAGAGUAGUUCUUCGGAUUCCAGCUCAGAAGAGGAAAAGAAGAAAAAGAAGAAGAAAAGAAACAAGAAAAAACGUAAGGCAUCCAAAAGAAAGCGCAGAAAACAUUCUGAGGACAGCGACAGUGAGUCGGAGUCUGAGCAGAACUCCAGUGAUGAAGAUAAAAAGAAAAGCAAGAAGAGGAAAAAGAAGAGCAAAAAGAAGAAGUAUAAGAAAAAGAAAAAUAAGAAGAGCAGGAAGGAAUCCAGCGAUUCCAGUAGCGAAGAUUCCGACGAUGAAACAGUUCAAGGGGAUGAUCUCUGGAUUGAGAGAUCAAAAAAUACCGAAGCUGAUAGCUUGAUUGGACCAGAGGCUCCCAAAACUCAUGCGUCUCAGGAUGACAGGCCUUUGAACUAUGGACACGCCCUCCUGCCGGGUGAAGGUGCAGCAAUGGCAGAGUAUGUAAAAGCAGGAAAACGUAUUCCCCGGAGAGGCGAGAUCGGUUUAACCAGUGAAGAGAUCGCAUCGUUUGAGAGCUCUGGUUACGUCAUGAGUGGCAGCAGACACCGGCGCAUGGAAGCCGUGCGUCUGCGCAAGGAGAACCAGAUCUACAGCGCGGACGAGAAGAGAGCCCUGGCCUCCUUCAACCAAGAGGAGAGGAGGAAACGAGAGAACAAGAUCCUCGCAAGCUUUCGGGAGAUGGUCUACAGAAAGACUAAGGGCAAAGAGGAGAAAUAAUGCUUUGUUUGAGCUGUGCAGCACAGACUGUGCCACGCAGCAGCUGACGUGUUCCAGUCGUGAUUUGAAAAAUGCUGCAGGUGCUGCAGCGCCUUUCACCCAACAGGGCCGGGCCCCAGGAGUGGAUUACUUCUGUCAAGAAAACAGAGUUACUUUCAUCAGAUUCUCUAGGGUGAUUUGUUCACCAUCUACAAGGAAUCCCUGUAAAGCGAAAGGCUAGAAGGCAGGAACAGACAGGGAAGAUUAGAGG